GAUUAGUCGAUUGUGUUGGGGUUGUAAAAUUAAUUAAUUAAAUAAUCGAUCGGUAAAAAAGGAUCGCUCUGUAGCUAAUAAUAUAUAAUGGCAUCGGAGCAGGAGGAAAGAGCAAAACUGGACGAGAGAGCAAGGCAAGGGGAGACGGUGGUUCCGGGGGGGACAGGCGGGAAGAGCCUGGAAGCACAGGAGCACCUAGCUGAAGGGAGGAGUCGGGGCGGGCAGACCCGGAGGGAUCAGCUAGGAACACAAGGAUACCAGGAGUUGGGAAGUCGGGGCGGGCAGACCCGGAAACAGCAGAUUGGUACACAAGGCUAUCAGGAGAUGGGUCGUAAAGGUGGCCUCACCACUAUACACAAGUCCGCUAGUGACCGUGCCCAUGACGAAGGGAUUCAGAUUGAUGAAUCCAAGUUUAAAUCGCCUUAAUUCCGCAUGAAUCAUGAAUCGUCAUCGAUCCACCUAUCAUAUAUUAAUUAAUGUCCUUAAUUAAUUACUAUUAUUAUCUAUAUAUAUGUAAAUACAAUGUGUGUAGUUUUACUUUUCGUUGUUUGUAACUAUGUAAUAGUGCGUUAAUAAAUUUUCGUUAAUAAUCCUCCUAUCCAACUUGGGGAAUAUGUAUUC